AUGGCCUCGUCACGUCGAUCGAGCAAUGGCCGAUCACCGCUAGUGAAUCAACAGCGUCAAAUCACCUCUUUCUACUCCAAGACGACAUUAUCUUCUCCUUCCCCAUUGCCAUCCCCUGUUCUCUCCAAACAAGCUUCUAAACCUAACCCAAGCCCUAGCACUAGCUCCAGCCCCACUACUCCUUCACCUCUCCAAACCAAACGCAAGAAGCCCCUCUUAGUGAUCAGCCCAUCUCCACCAUCACCGUCAAGUCCUGCUUCCGACACGGCCAAGAAAUUGUAUGGAAAAGAGGUCGUGGACAAAAGAAUUAGGGUUUAUUGGCCGUUGGAUAAAACAUGGUACGAAGGUUUUGUUAAAUCUUUUGAUAAAAUUUCUGGGAAGCAUCUGGUUCAGUAUGAUGAUGCUGAGGAGGAGCUACUUGAUCUCGGGGAGGAAAAAGUUGAGUGGGUUGGGGAACCGGUGAACAAGUUUCGACGAUUGCGUCGCCUUUCCAUGGUUGAAGACGAUGUUGACAAAGAAGAGGAAAAGAGAAGUGUGGAGGAUGUGGAAAGUGGUGGUGGUGAUUCUGCGGACGAAGAUUGGGAAAAGAAUGCAGAAAAAGAGGAGGUUGAGGACGUCUCAGAGGAUAUGGAUUUGGAGGAUGAGGAAGAGGAUAAUGAAGUGGAAGGUGGGAAGAAAAUGGCCGCGUCAAGAAAGCGAAAGGUGAUUGGAGGAGCGAAUUUAGGUUCUAGAAAGAAAAGCAAGAGUGUUGGAGAUGUUAAAAAGAGUACGUCUAAGGUUUCUUUGCAUAUCAAUGGAGGAAAACCGAGGGAGGCUACUAAUAACAUUGAUUGCGGAAAAGCAUCUCUUGUUGUCAAUAGUGUUUUAGUAUGUGAUGCAGCAGAGAGAUUUGGCAUCCGUGAAUCUGAGAAAUUUCGUUUCCUUAGAGAAGACCGGAGGGAUGCUAAUAAAAAACGUCCAGAAGAUGUCGGUUAUGAUCCAAAAACACUGUACAUACCUCCUGAUUUCUUAAAGAGAUUAACCGGUGGCCAGAGACAAUGGUGGGAGUUUAAGGCGAAGCAUAUGGACAAGGUUCUAUUUUUCAAGAUGGGAAAGUUCUAUGAGCUUUUUGAAAUGGAUGCGCAUAUAGGAGCAAAAGAACUUGAUUUGCAAUAUAUGAAGGGAGAACAACCUCACUGUGGAUUUCCAGAAAAGAACUUCUCGAUGAAUGUAGAGAAGUUGGCCCGAAAGGGUUAUCGAGUUCUUAUCGUGGAACAAACAGAAACACCUGAACAGCUUGAGCUUCGUCGCAAGGAGAAUGGUUCUAAAGAUAAGGUUGUGAAACGUGAAAUAUGUGCGGUUGUCACCAGAGGAACCUUAACUGAGGGAGAAAUGCUUUCAGCCAACCCUGAUGCUUCUUACUUAAUGGCAGUGACUGAGAACUGCCAAAUUUCAGAAAACCAACAAGAGGAGCGAAUCUUUGGUGUUUGUGUGGUUGACGUUGCCACAAGCAAAAUUAUUCUUGGACAGUUUGGGGACGAUUCGGAGUGCAGUGCUUUGUGUUGUCUAUUAUCUGAACUACGGCCAGUGGAAAUUAUAAAACCUGCUAAACUGCUCAGCCUUGAAACAGAUAGAAUACUGAUGAGACAUACAAGAAGUCCUUUAGUCAAUGAGUUGGUCCCACUCUUGGAAUUUUGGGAUGCUGAGAAAACUGUCAAUGAAGUCAAGGGUGUUUACACGCGUCUUAAUGACCAAUCUGUUUCUUCAUCUCUGAAAGACGCAAGUUCAUUUGCUAUUGACUCAUCUGGCAAAGAUGGCGGGGCGGAGUACCUACCAAAAAUUCUUUGUGAGCUUGUGAAUGCGGGCAAGAGUGGAAGCUAUGCACUCUCAGCUCUUGGAGGCGUUCUUUUCUACCUGAAGCAGGCUUUUCUUAAUGAAACUUUGCUUAGAUUUGCAAAGUUUGAGUUACUUCCUUGCUCUGGUUUUAGUCAUAUUACUCGAAAGCCAUAUAUGGUUCUCGAUGCAGCUGCAUUGGAGAACCUUGAGAUCUUUGAGAACAGUAGAAAUGGGGACUCUUCAGGGACCCUGUAUGCUCAAUUGAACCACUGCAUGACAGCAUUUGGGAAGAGGUUACUGAAAACCUGGCUUGCAAGACCAUUAUAUCAUCUGGGGUCAAUUAGGGAACGCCAAGAUGCUGUAGCAAGUCUGAAGGGAGUUAAUCUACCUUCUGUACUUGAAUUCCGAAAAGAGUUGUCCAGACUUCCUGACAUGGAGCGUUUGCUUGCGCGCAUAUUUGCUAGCAGUGAGGCUAGUGGAAGGAAUGCAAAUAAAGUAGUUUUAUACGAGGAUGCAACAAAGAAACAGCUUCAGGAGUUCAUAUCAGCUCUACGUGGUUCUGAAUUAAUGAUCCAUGCAUGCUCCUCUCUUGCUGUGAUUUUGGAAAAUGUCAACUCUACACUAUUAUACCAUUUAUUAACACCUGGUAAAGGUCUUCCCGAUGUUCAUUCAGUUUUAAAACCUUUCAAGGAUGCCUUUGAUUGGGUGGAAGCAAAUAAUUCCGGCCGAGUAAUACCUAGAGAGGGAGUUGAUAUGGAGUAUGACUCUGCCUGCAAACGAGUUAGGGAGGUUGAGUCCAAUUUGACAGAGCACUUGAAGGAACAGCAAAUACUACUUGGAGAUGCAUCGAUCAAUUAUGUAACAGUUGGCAAAGAUGCCUACCUUUUGGAAGUUCCAGAACACUUGUGCAGAAAUAUUCCGCGGAACUAUGAGUUACGUUCAUCAAAAAAGGGUUUCUUUCGUUACUGGACUCCGGUUAUUAAGAAAUUUAUCGGGGAGCUCUUGCAAGCUGAAUCUGAGAAGGAGACUAUGUUGAAAAGCAUUCUGCAGAGGUUGGUUGGACGUUUCUGCGAGCAUCAUAAGAAGUGGAGGCAAUUGGUUUUGACAAUUGCAGAACUGGAUGUUUUGAUGAGCUUAGCAAUUGCAAGUGACUACUAUGAAGGACCAACAUCCCGUCCAAAAUUCUCGGACUUAUCAAGUUUGGAUGAAGUGCCAUACCUUACUGCUAAAAGCUUAGGACAUCCUGUUCUUAGAAGUGAUACUCUAGGCAAGGGUGCAUUUGUCCCCAAUGAUGUUACUAUUGGUGGUUGUAGUUGUGCCAGCUUCAUCCUGCUCACUGGUCCUAAUAUGGGGGGGAAGUCUACUCUUCUGCGCCAAGUUUGCUUGGCUGUUAUUUUGGCCCAGGUAGGCGCAGAUGUACCUGCAGAAAGCUUUGAGUUGUCUCCUGUUGACCGUAUUUUUGUAAGAAUGGGUGCAAAAGAUCAUAUUAUGGCAGGCCAAAGUACAUUUUUAACCGAGCUUGUAGAAACUGCGUCUAUGCUGUCUUCUGCUACACAUAAUUCUCUUGUGGCAUUGGAUGAACUUGGGCGGGGCACAUCAACUUCAGAUGGACAAGCCAUAGCGGAAUCAGUUCUUGAACAUUUUGUCCAGAGGGUGCAGUGUCGAGGACUGUUCUCUACUCACUAUCAUCGAUUGGCUGUAGACUAUCAGAAAGAUCCCAAGGUCUCCCUGUGUCAUAUGGCAUGCCAAGUUGGAAAAGGAAUUGGAAGUGUUGAGGAAGUUACUUUUCUUUACCGGUUGACACUUGGUGCAUGCCCUAAAAGCUAUGGUGUCAAUGUUGCAAGGCUAGCUGGACUUCCGGACACGGUACUUCAAAAAGCUGCUGCCAAGUCUCGAGAGUUUGAGGAAAUGUAUGGUAAAAAUGAGAAGAACACUCUGAAAAAAUUGCCUGAACAGAGUUGGGAAGACAAGAUGAUAAUCCUCCAAAAUUUGAUCAAUGUUAUAGUUAGUAUUAAUUGCCAUGAGACUGCCGCUGAGAGUGCAGUGGCUAGCUCUUUGAUCAAUCUGCAACGCAGAACAAGGAUACUUCUGGAGCGGAAUUAG